GCCCCGCCCCCUGGCGCCAAGGAGGAGGAAGAGCGGGCAGGGCGAGGCCGGCUUGGCCUGGCCCUUCUUCGCAGAGGACGGAAGGAAAGGGAGAAGGAAGGGAAGCAAGAAGGGAAGAGGAACGGAGCUGCCUUCGGAUGGUUCCCUCGGAAGGAGGCUUUGCGUCGUAGCCGCACCCCCUUUUCUCCCCUCCCUCCCUCCCUCCCCUCUCCUCCCCCUCCCUUCCCCUUCCCCUUCCUCCCCCCUCUCCCGCUCUCAGUCUCCCCUCCCCACACGGUGGACGCUGUGGACCUCCACUCACUAAUGACAGCGUGGAUCGUUCUCCCCAUUAGCCUCUCUGCCUUCUCAAUCACAGGGAUAUGGAUCGUGUAUGCCAUGGCGGUGAUGAACCACCACGUCUGCCCCGUUGAGAACUGGUCCUACAAUGAGUCCUGUGCCGGUGACCCUGCCAAACAUGGCUACCCCAAAACCUGCUGCACCCUGGAAGACGUCCCUUUGAUCAGCAAAUGUGGCACCUACCCUCCUGAAAGCUGCCUUUUCAGCCUUAUUGGGAAUAUUGGAGCAUUCAUGGUGGUCAUGAUCUGCUUCCUGCGCUAUGGACAGCUGGUUGAGCAGAGCCACAGCUCCUGGGUGAACACUACAGCCCUCAUCACGGGCUGCACCAACGCUGCUGGCCUGGUCAUGGUGGGCAACUUCCAGGUGGACUAUGCCAAAUCUCUUCACUACAUUGGGGCCGGGGUUGCCUUCCCGGCCGGGCUGCUCUUUGUCUGCCUCCAGUGCGUCCUCUCCUACCACACCGCCGCCUCCGCCCUGGACUUCUGGAUGGCACACCUCCGUGUCUUCCUCAACACCGUGGCCUUAAUCUCCCUCGUCCUCAGCGGCAUCUUCUUCAUCCACGAGAGCUUCGUCUUACAGCACCUGGCGGCCAUCUGCGAAUGGGUCUUUGUCAUCGACAUCCUGGUCUUCUACGGCACCUUCACCUACGAGUUUGGCUCCGUUUCCACCGAGACCCUGGUGGCCGCCCUGCAGCAGGCCCACGGCCGUGGGUGCAAAUCCCCCGGCAGCAGCAGCACUUCCACGCACCUCAACUGCAACCCCGAGAGCAUCGCCAUGAUCUGAGCAGGGAAAGGGGGGGGGGGGGAUAAGAUGGACAUAUGGACAGAGGGACACCCCCCAUGGGGCUGCCUUUCUAGAGUUUCCCCCAAUGGGGGAAGAGAGAAGCACCUUUGCCCCUCCCUCCCACCCUGUUAUAAUUUUGUAUCAAAAGGGUUUUGCCAACAGUUGUCCGCCUUUCAAGGCCACUGGACCCUGUUGUCCAUCGCUGGCUCCAAAUGAGUAAACAUGGUGCCACGGGAUGCAGAUCCUUGCUCUCCAAAGUGAGAGGGGUAUGGUUUCGGCACCACAAAAGUGCAGGAUCCAAGCCGUUGCCUCUUCCUCCAUCACGAUAAUGGCAAGUCCUUCCUGAAUCAUGGCAGCCUUCUGCUCUGCCCCCCUUCCUUGCAGGGCCCAGUGUGUCAGUGCCAAAGGGAGACUCUCCCCUUUCCAAUCCUUCCCGUGGGAUACAGGGUGCAGAAGGGAGGCCCGUCAAAGGGAAGGAUUGCCUCUCACUGCCAGACCCCACUUUGGCCCCUUUCUCAGAGUCAGCCAGCAGAACGUCAGCAAACCAAGGGGCCUCCCAAUACACACACAUACACACAUAUAUACUGUAUUUCUUCGAUUCGGAGGCCCCACCUGCACGGCAUUAUAAUGUGGUUUAGCUACAUUGAACUGCAUAAUAUGAAUCUAUACUGCCAUACAAUGCAGUUCAGCUGCAUGAUAAGAGUCGACACUGCCAUACAGUGUGGUUCAAUUGCAUUAUAUGAAUCUACAGUGCAGUUCACUUGCAUUAUGAGUCUACACUGCCACAUAAUGCAGUUCAAAUGCAUUGAGUCUACAGUGCAGUUCAGCUGCCUGAUAUGAGUUUACACUGCCAUUCAGUGCAGUUCAAAUGCAUUAUAUGAGGCUGCACUGCCAUACAAUGCAGUUGAGUUGCAUUAUAUGAGUCUAUAGUGCAUUUCAAAUGCAUUAUUUGAGGCUGCACUGUCAUACAAUGUAGUUGAGUUGCACUAUGAGUACACUGCCAUACAAUGUAGUUUAGCUGCAUUAUGAGUCUACACUGCCAUACAAUGCAGUUGAGUUGAAUUAUAUGAGUGUACACUGCCAUACAGUGCAGUUCAAUUGGAUUAUAUGAAUCUACAAUGCAGUUGAGUUGCACUAUAUGAGGCUGCACUACAAUUCAAUGCAGUUCCGCUGCAUUACGUCUACACUGCCAUACAGUGCAGUUCAGUUGCAUUAUAUGAAUUUACAAUGCAGUUCACUUGCAUUAGAUGAGGCCGCACUACCAUUCAGUGCGGUUCAGCUCCAUUAUAUGAGUCUACACUGCCAUACAGUGCAGUUCAGUGUAGUUCUAUUGCAUUAUAUGAAUCUAUAGUGCAGUUCAGCUCAAUUAUAUGAGUCUGCACUGCCAUAUAAUGCAGUUCAACGCAGUUAAGUUGCAUUAUAUGAGUCUGCGCUGCCAUAUAAUGCAGUUCAACAGUUAAGUUGCAUUAUAUGAGUCUGCACUGCCAUAUAAUGCAGUUCAAUGCAGUUAAGUUGCGUUAUAUGAGUCUGCACUGCCAUAUAAUGCAGUUCAACGCAGUUAAGUUGCGUUAUAUGAGUCUGCACUGCCAUAUAAUGCAGUUCAGCGCAGUUAAGUUGCAUUAUAUGAGUCUGCACUGCCAUAUAAUGCAGUUCAGCGCAGUUAAGUUGCAUUAUAUGAGUCUGCACUGCCAUAUAAUGCAGUUCAAUGCAGUUAAGUUGCGUUAUAUGAGUCUGCACUGUCAAAUAAUGCAGUUCAACGCUGUUAAGUUGCGUUAUAUGAGUCUGCACUGUCAUAUAAUGCUGUUCAACACAGUUAAGUUGCAUUAUAUGAGUCUGCACUGCCAUAUAAUGCAGUUCAAUGCAAUUAAGUUGCAUUAUAUGUCUGCACUGCUAUAUAAUGCAGUUCAACACAGUUAAAUUGCAUUAUAUGAGUCUGCACUGCCAUAUAAUGCAGUUCAGCGCAGUUAAGUUGCAUUAUAUGAGUCUACAACAGCAGUUCAAAAUGUGCCAUUUGCAAAGCGCAGAGAAAUUGCAACCCUCAGAUGAAUCCCAUUUUGAGAUGUGGCUCUAUGGGAAAGCGUACAUCUUGGGAUCGAAGUAAUAUGGUAGUAUAUACAGGGCGUCCCAAAAAACCGUAUACACACUUUAAAAGCUAAUCACUCAAUUGAUGAGGGUUUUUUUUCCAGGAGCAUUUCAAAAUGAAUUUCCUUUGUUCAAAGCUUAGUAUGACUUCCAUUAGUAAUUCCAAUAGGUUUAACCUGGGCUAAAAAGCAACAUCAAUUGAGCUAUCAACUUCCAAAGGAUGUAUACAUUUUUUUUGGGACACCCUGUAUAUAUCGUAACAAUUGGGCCUGACGUUUAGCCAAGCAAAACCAGGGUGCUUCCAGAUACAGAGAUGCCCCAGAAUGGACUUCCGUGGGGCUGCUGUUACGCCCCCCACCACCCCCUUGUAUCUGACACAUUACACCGCCACCUUCUUAAUUCGCCAACGUCCCACAAGCAAGGCAGGUCUCCAGUUUGGGAUGCCGAGGAGGAAGAGAGGAAGGAGCACCUCUUGUCCUCGGUCUGGAUGGUUUGGGUGAGAUGUUUUAGUAUUUUUUAGAAACUUUUUUAUAUAUCUCUCGCUAUAUAUAAAAUGUGUAUAAAAAGAGUUGUAUUGGA